CAGUUUCGGUUCUUCUGCAGAGAAAACUGUCCAAACCCACGCUUACACCAAAACAAGAAAAGAAAAAAGUCACGAAGAGAAAAGAGAAACUUCACAACAUAUACAUACAUAUACAGAUAUAUAUCAUAUAUAGAGAUCCAUACAUAUAUAUACACAUACGCAAACAUGGAUCUUGAAUUACUACAAGAUCUGCCGAAAUUCAGUUCGUUAGCUGCGAUCAAGAUCAGAUCCCGCGUCGACAACGGCGGCGACGGCGGCGAAAUCUGCACCACGCCCACGUCGGAAGAACACAAGAUCGGCCCCCCGCCGGCCCCUGCGAGUCUCAGGUCAUCCUCGUGCAAGAGGAAGAUUUUGUCCUCGUCGGAGAUCAUUAACCGUGACGACAUCGACCGGUUCUUCUCCUCCGCCUUCGAGGCGGCGGCGGCUAAAACGGCGGAGAAGCGACGGAGGAGACGUUACCAUUCUCGAGCAUGAAGGUGAAUGCGUCGGAAAAAGGAAUGGUCAACUCUGGCAAAUAAAAAUAUUUAAUUAUAUAUAUAUAUACAUAUAUAUAUAUAUAUAUAUAUAGUUUAUGUAUCGUGUACGAGCGAGAGAUAAUAUAUGUUGCAAUCUUUGUUCGACGGAUUGAAUAAAUGUUCUUUCGCUC